GUCUUCCCUGCAGCCAAACAGGCCUUUACUGAGAAAGUCCCUCCCUUUUCCCCUAAACAUAAAAACGACAGCGGACUUCACGGUCACAGACUCACAGAUUUCGCAGUCCUCUUCACUGUCCUCUCUCUCUGAGCUUUGUGAAUGGCUUCUACGAAGGUUGAUAACAAUCGGGGUCCGUUCGGAUCGAAGAGGUCUCGCAAUGAUGCUUCACGGAGUGAUGGAGAUUGGACCUGUCCUAAGUGUGGAAACGUUAACUUCGGGUUUAGAAUUGUUUGCAAUCGUGAAAAAUGUGGUGCUCCCCGACCACCUGCCACUCCACCUCCUCCAUUUAGUCCUUAUAACACCCCUCCUCCAUUAUAUUUCGGAGGCGGUGGUGCUCCUCUGCCAUAUGGAGUGUCUAGUAGGUAUGGAUACCCAGUACCCCCUUCUGGAAUGCGGUAUGACUAUGGUGCCCCUGUAAGUGCUCAUGGAAUGCGGUAUGACUAUGGUGCCCCUGCAAGUGCUCAUGGAAUGCGGUAUGACUAUGGUGCCCCUGCAAGCACUCAUGGACCAUAUAGCCCUGUGCCUACAUUUCCACCUGGAAGUUAUGGAGGCAUGGGUUAUGGUUCAGGGCCUGCUCUCAAUGGACAUGGAUUUGCCUUUCAGGGACCUCCGUGGGCAGGAGGCGUAUUACCUGAUAAUCCUGCCUCUCGUAAACGUCGUGGAGGGCCAGAUGGUUUGCAUGAAGGGGAUUGGAUUUGUCCCAAAUGUGACAAUGUUAACUUUGCCUUUAGAACCACUUGCAACAUUAAGAAGUGUGGGGCUCCCAGACCUUCUACUGGCCCAAACCAAUCAAACACUGGUGCCCCUGAAGGCAGCUGGACUUGUGACAAAUGUGGCAAUCUCAAUUAUCCCUUUCGAACUGUUUGCAACCGCAAGGAAUGUGGAAAUGAGAAGCCAGCCUCUGGCAAGUAGAUCAUUCCCUAUUGUGCAUGGAUGGCUUAGAUCCACCAAUUCUAUGUCUACUAGAAAAUCAUUAUUUUUGCAUUAGAGAAUGAGAAAAGAACAACUAUGUUUAUAAAAGAGAGAGGAGCAAUCUUCAUUUAUAUUAAGAAAUAUCUUUUUGUUUCCUUUUUCCUCAUUAGCCAGCAUAACAACUUGUAAUUUUUAUUUUAUUUUAUAUUUUAUCUGGGCAACUUCUGUAAUCAAUGCCUGGUAAUCUGCACCAUUGGUCUCUCAGUUAUGAAGUAUUUUUUUUUUUUUU